CUCACUCUCACCACUAACUCGGGCAUAUAACACAGUACCCGUUUCCAAACAAGCUAAAAAUCUUAUCAGAAAAGAAUGUCCUGUGAAGAGUACAUCAACACCGACAAUCCUAUCCAAGAAGCUCACAGUUUCAUCUCCUACGAAAUAAUCAGGAACUCUAGUCAACCUGAUAACCAACAAGAUGGACGGUACCACAGUUGGCAGCCAUGUCACUGGCAUCCGCGGGGUGUGUGACUGGGACGACACAGGCAACUUCUGCAGCUACGAGGAGUGUGAUCAGUUCGGGAAAUGGAACUUCAAUCGCGUGGUCUGGUCGAUCCGGUACGACAAGAACAUUGACGAGAGCAAGCCGUUCGGGUUUCAUGUGAACACAAUGAAAGAAAGAAAACGCAUGUGGGGUGAUGGCACUAGACAUAGGAUAGAGGAGCACGUCGUGGUGUUCUAUAAUUCGAACUUGACAGUGUCGGCGCCGGAAUCAACGGAGUGUUACAUCUCUGCGCGAAACGAUUUGACCUACCAUACAGGAUGGAACUGGAAAUGGGGCAGUGCAACGGAGACCGAGAGGGUUGUUUGUGCCGAAAUCGUGCGGUUUCUGUGGACACAUAGACAUUAGAAUGGGUGCUAUUUGCAGGAAUCAUUGGGGGCAUGUUGCAACGGGAUGCUAUAAGGGAAAUGGACUAAAUGGGGCUUGACUUCAGGCCAGGCAGAUGAAUCCAGAGUUAAUUUCAAGCCCGACCUGAACCCGCCCAACCUGGCUCUGUAUCUGUGUCAGACUUAUCUACUAUUUUGGGACCCUGAAUAUAAUGAGAUCAAACGAAUACAC